AUGAUCACUCGCACCCUCCCCUUCUUGAUCGACGGAAUCGAAAGCGAUAUCGACCGACGGUUUCUGGAUCAUUUUGUAUACGGCUUUAGUCGCGUGUUGACGCUCAUCAACGACGACUCCAACCCUUUCAAAGAGAUCCUCCUUCCCAUGGCGACGCAACAUCGUGGUUUAAUGCAUUCGCUCAUGUGCCUGUCGGGGUCCCAUUUGUCCGGCAUGAACCCGGAGCCCAAGGUCAUCGAGCGCAAAUAUCACCACUUCCACCGGGCGAUCCGAGACCUGAAGAAUAACAUCAAGGCCUCGUCACAGGGUUCAGAGGAGCCGGAGCUACUGGUGGAGGACCCCAUUAUCGCGUCGACGAUUGCGCUGAGCCUCAACACGAUCUGCGAGGGGGAGACGAACGGCGAGUACCGGCCUCACAUGGAUGCCGCACGGUAUCUACUGGUGACACAGAAGCCGCGGAACGAGAAAUUCCGGCAGUUCAUUGUGGAGUUCUUCCAGUACCACGAUGUGUCCAACUCGAUCACAUCACUGGACCGACGGCCAGCGCAUCUCAACGGUGAGCUGCGGUUGCCGGAUUUUGUGCCGCACGCGCAGGCGGGGAUGUUCCUGGGAGUGUUUGACGGACUGUUCAACUACAUCUCGGAGGUGACGCGGCUGCGAGACAGGAUCCGAAAGCGACACAACGAAGGGCACGAGCCGGCAGUGGACUACCAGAUCCUGAGCGAGGCGGUGUCGAUCGACUCGGCGAUCCGGGCGUGGGAGACGUCGCACGCGGCCAACACGCCGAACUGGGCGCUGGCACAGCUGUACCGGCAGUCGACGUGGGUGUAUCUGUACAGGACAAUCCGGCCGUCGCGGCCGAGCGAGAAGAUCGCGCAGGUGGUGGAUGACGGGCUGGCGUAUCUGGACCAGCUGCCGCAAGAUGCGGGGGCAUACAGCAUCGUGCUGAUGCCGCUAUUCCUGCUGGGAUGUUCAGCGUUUGAGACGCGACAGCGGGAGCGCAUCCAGGGUGGGUUUGAGUCGUUGAAAGCGUACUCGAAUCUGCGGAAUAUCGAACCGGCGCUUACGGUGGUGGAGAAGGUGUGGGAGGUGAUGGAUCAGAAGAUGGAGGAGAGUUGGGAUUGGGAGAAGAUUAUCCAGUCGAUGAACAUGGACUUUUUGAUUACAUAG